UCAAAACAUCGAUGUCGCACGUUCAUUAUUCGUAGUUGAUUUCCAACCUUCCAGCGCCUAAAACUAUUAAAAAUAGGUGCAUUCAAUUCCAAAAAACUGGGUUUUUUUUCUUUCACGUAAACAUAUAAUUCAUUAGGAAAUGGUUCUACUAAGUAACGACGAAUUUCUCACACAGCUCACACUAUUAUCCCAAUCAGCCAGAAGUGAAUCGUCUUUUACAAUCACAGUAAAACGGUACGACGGUCAUGACCGACCAAAACCACGCGAGGGCAACGCUCCACUGCUGAAACCCGUCGAGUACCAAUGCCUGAUUAGAGCUCGAUCUCGUUCCAAAAAGCUUUCAACAGUUGUGCGACAUGAUGAGGUGGCUAAAUUCAUGGAAUCCUAUUCUAAGGUGCUCAAGUCGAGCAUGGACGGGCUGAAGAAGAUCAAGAAAGUAAAAAAUAAGGCCAAAGCGGCUCAGGGGUAGUAGUGUUUCCUGUACAACAGCCAAGUCUGAAAAACACUGCUGGAAGACGUGUGGGAAUUCUGAAACAGUCCCCAAAAGGAAAAGCAAAACAGUAAGAAAUGCUUUACUAGAGCCACCGUUUCGUAUUCCAUACAAUUGCUUUUUUUUUAAUUAAGUAAUUUAGUUUUGAAUUUCUUAAAUACGUGGAAGAUUUAUUUGAAAUUGUGCUGCUGAAAUAAACCACAAUUAAUAUCUUAUACAUUUUCUGUAGGAA